CUCCCUCCCGCCCCACGCGCGCCGCGGAAUGGCUCCGUGGCCUCACGGGAACAGCUCUCUGGCUUUGUGGCCGGAUGUCCCCACCCUGACGCCCAAUACGGCCAACACGAGUGGGCUGCCGGGGGUGCCGUGGGCGGUGGCAUUGGCCGGGGCGCUGAUGGCGCUGGCGGUGCUGGCCACCGUGGGAGGCAACCUGCUGGUCAUCGUGGCCAUCGCUCGGACGCCGAGACUCCAGACCAUGACCAACGUGUUCGUGACCUCGCUGGCCGCAGCGGACCUGGUGGUGGGACUCCUGGUAGUGCCGCCGGGGGCCACCUUGGCGCUGGCCGGCCACUGGCCCCUGGGCGCCACUGGCUGCGAGCUGUGGACCUCAGUGGACGUGCUGUGUGUGACGGCCAGCAUUGAAACCCUGUGCGCCCUGGCCGUGGACCGCUACCUGGCAGUGACGAACCCGCUGCGCUACGGCGCACUGGUCACCAAACGGCGCGCCCGGGCAGCAGUGGUACUGGUGUGGGUCGUGUCCGCGGCCGUGUCGUUUGCGCCCAUCAUGAGCAAAUGGUGGCGCGUGGGAGCCGACGCCGAGGCGCAGCGCUGCCACUCCAACCCGCACUGCUGCGCCUUCGCCUCCAACAUACCCUACGCGCUGCUCUCCUCCUCAGUCUCCUUCUACCUUCCGCUUCUUGUGAUGCUCUUCGUCUACGCGCGCGUUUUCGUCGUGGCUACGCGCCAACUGCGCCUGCUGCGCGGAGAGCUGGGCCGCUUCCCGCCAGUGGAGUCUCCACCGGCAGCGUCUCGCUCCCUGUCCCCGGUCCCGGCGGGGCCGUGCGCUUCACCCGCAGGGGCGCCCUCCUACGGCCGGCGGCCCGCGCGCCUUCUGCCUCUCCGGGAACACCGGGCCCUGUGCACCUUGGGUCUCAUCAUGGGUACCUUCUCUCUCUGCUGGUUGCCCUUCUUUGUGGCCAAUGUGGUGCGCGCCCUCGGGGGCCCCUCUCUGGUUCCCAGCCCGGCUUUCCUGGCCCUUAACUGGCUAGGCUAUGCCAAUUCUGCCUUUAACCCGCUCAUCUACUGCCGCAGCCCCGACUUUCGCAGCGCCUUCCGCCGCCUGCUGUGCCGCUGCCGGCGGGAGGAGCGCCGCGCCGCAGCCUCCAGGCCUGGCGAAACCUCGGGCGCCGCUGCGGCGCUGACCAGGCCCGCGGAGUCCAGGCCGUGCCCGCCGCUCGACGGGGUUUCCUGGGGAAUUCCUUAGGUCCUGAACGACAAGAAGCAACUCUGUUGAUCCAGAACUUUUGGAAACUGUGGCCUCUGUUUAGAAUGAGCCCUGUGGAGUUUCCCAGCUGGAAAUCUCUGACCUCCACCUGAUGAC